AGCUUCUCGUGUCCACCCCGUGGCCCCCACCGUGCGCCACUUCGCAACUCGUUUCAACCUGGAACGAAACGAUGCCAUCGUAAGGCGACAUUGGACAGUCACAAUCCAAGAUCCUUCAUGAAAACCACUGGUCUCGUUCUCCUUGCUGCUGCCUGCGUCGUCGGCAUCAAUGCCGACCCCCCUCGUCAAGGGCCCCACCAACUCCCUCCACUGCAUGAAGCCCCCAACACCCACAACACGUCGACUAGCGACGACAUCCUCCUUCCUCCUCAACGCCCAAACGGGGCUGGCCCCAACGGCACCCUUGGUAACCACACCAAGCCUGACAACUCGACCUUCGAUCACCCCUGCAACGACACCACGAACGGCACCGGACCCCACGGCGACCACACUGAAGACGUCGGCGCCCCCCGCCGCCCGCGCCAUGAUCCCCAAGGCAAACAACCCAACGGCACGAGGGGCCCGCAAUCCAGCAUCCCCGCAACCACUGCUUCCACGGACGCACAGGUGGCGGCGGUGGAAGCGGCUUCGUCCGGCGUUCGAAACAUUGUCGUGUCGUUGGGUGCUGUGUUCAUCGUCGGCGUUAGCGCUUUCGUCGGUUAAGUAUAGCAUGACCAUGCAGUU